AUGGACAGCUUCGUGCGGCGUGUGCAGGACAUAGCUAUCGGCAGCAGAUAUCAUUUAGUGCGAAAACUGGGAUCUGGUUCUUUUGGCAAUGUAUCUGACGAUUCAACUGGCCGUGAUGCCGAGACCGGCGACGAGGUCGCCAUGAAAUUCGAACAUCACAGCGUUGAGCCAUCUUUGCUUAGAGAAGAAGCGCGAAUCUAUCAAUCUCUGGCCGGAAAACCGGGGUUUCCUCAGGUGUACUGGCACGGACAGCAAGAUGGCUUCACGGUUUUGGUUUUUGAGCUGCUCGGGCCGAACUUGGAAGACUUAUUCCGAUAUUGUGGCAACCAGUUCUCGUUGAAGACGACACUAAUGCUCGCUGACCAAUUGCUUCAUCGAUUUGAGACUCUUCAUUCGAACCAAUACCUUCAUCGGGAUAUCAAGCCUGAAAACUUUCUCCUCGGUACGGGUGAGCGAGGGAAUAUCGUCUACAUGACCGACCUGGGGCUUGCAAUCUACGGCCAGCCCGAUUACUGGGCUCCGGGUAGUACUCCUAUCCGUGAUGUAACAGCACGGCAUCCUCAACUAUUAGGCACAUGCAGGUAUGCAAGCAUUCAAGGGCAUCUAGGCAUUGGUUUUCCGCCUGCGGAGGGUUCUUCGGUGGAAGCUCGCAAGUAG